GCCACAGGCUUCCAGACAGCUGUACAGCUUUGAGAUGCUAAUGUUUGUAGCCAGCUUGUGUUCUGACUCCCUUCCAAUGAAGCUGUCUUCGUAGUCUGUCUUUCAGUUGUUUUUAUCGCCUUUUAAUCGUGCCCGAGAGAGAGAGAGAGAGAAAAGGAGGUGACAUUGCUGUGCCAGCAACAGAAAUUGAAGCCAGAGGAAAGGUGGCUUUCCCCCUUCCAGCCUCCUGUCUCUCUGGAAGCGGAGAGGAGAGACAUUCUCCCAGUGAACGUCCCCAGCAGCAGCUAAAACGAGGUUCCGUCCAUCAACUGUCCUUUGAACCGACAACAUGGUUUUAGAUCCGUGCAUGAAAUGUGUCUUUAGGAACUUUUCAGUGUCGGAGAGUCAGUUUAAGAGAACUGGGAUUUAAAUCGGAGCUGUGCGACUAGCCGGGGCUUCUCUUACGCAUUGAUCUGUGAGAUGCCAUCCAUGUUGCAAGAGAAAACUCAUGCCACGAAAGAGGAUCAUGUCUUGCGGCGCAGAUUUUCACUCUGUACUGGAUUGGCAACGCCGCAGAAAAUUGAUCCUCGCAAGUUAAUCCGAAACUCUUCUUUUGGAGGAUACAAUGAGAUAUGCCCUUUGACCCCAGGCACUGAAAUGGAAAAGAAUGGAUUUUCAGCUCUCACUGAUGAAGUCACUUCGACACCCAUCAGCAGCAGUAAGUCUGAUUCCAAGCUAUACAACGGCUACAACAAAGAUUGUGUAUCCCACAUCUCUAAACUCACCAAGAAAGAAACCUUGAAGGUUCAAAAGAAAAAUUACAGACAAGAGAAGAAGAGGGCCAGCAAGGAGAUGCUUAGUGCUUUGAAGGAUCCUACCGUGGUUGCAAUGGAGGAUUGGCUGAAGAUCCGAGGUACCCUGAAAAGCUGGACCAAAUUCUGGUGUGUGCUCAAACCUGGCGUUUUGCUAAUUUACAAAACACCCAACAAUGGCCAGUGGGUGGGGACCAUCCUUCUCAACACCUGUGAGCUCAUCGAAAGACCCUCCAAAAAGGAUGGCUUCUGUUUCAAAUUAUUCCAUCCUCUGGAUCAAUCCAUCUGGGCAGUGAAGGGUCCAAAAGGUGAGAACGUGGGAUCAAUAACACAGCCUCUGCCCAGUAGUUACCUGAUCUUCCGAGCUGCUUCUGAGUCGGAUGGUCGAUGUUGGAUGGAUGCUCUGGAAUUAGCUCUGCGGUGUUCAAGUCUUCUCAAACGCAGCACAGUUAAGGAUGGUGAUCUGAACUGCUCGAUGGAUGCGACUCACCCAGGAAUGUGCAGUCUGCAACGAGGCUUCAGUCCCACUCACCAGGAGAUUUUCCAUGAUGCUGAGUUUGCAAACCACGUUCAGUACAAAGACGCUGAUAUGUACUCCGACAGAUCAGACCGAGAGAAUGAUCCUCACCACGAGGAGCUGGAAAAUGACACGAAUGAAAAGAGCAGCAGGAGUGAGGAAAGUGACACAGACCUAUCCGAAAUCCAUGGGGAGAUGUGCAGAAAGGACUUGUCAGAGGCGACUUACGUGGCAGAAAAUUCAGAGGAGUUUGGAGAAAUUGGUGAAACCACUCAGACUGAAACAGUGUCUGAAGAAAACAAGAGUCUGAUGUGGACUGUGCUGAAGCAGCUCCGACCUGGAAUGGACCUAUCACGAGUUGUAUUACCAACCUUUAUCCUGGAGCCUCGCUCGUUUCUGGACAAACUGUCGGACUACUACUAUCACUCUGACCUACUGUCUCAAGCUGCCCUUGAAGAGAAUGCAUAUGGUCGUAUGAAACAGGUUCUGCGAUGGUACCUGUCUGGGUUUUACAAGAAACCAAAGGGUCUGAAAAAACCAUAUAAUCCUAUUCUGGGAGAAACUUUUCGCUGCUACUGGUACCAUCCUAAAACUGACAGCCGCACCUUCUAUAUUGCAGAGCAGGUAUCCCAUCAUCCUCCAGUGUCUGCCUUUUAUGUCAGUAACAGGAAGGACAAUUUCUGUAUCAGCGGCUCUAUCCUGGCCCGCUCCAAGUUCUAUGGAAAUUCAAUGUCUGCCAUAUUGGAUGGGAAAGCACGACUAUGGUUCCUGAACAGACAGGAGGAUUACAUUAUCACCAUGCCAUAUGCACAUUGUAAAGGGCUUUUGUAUGGAACACUGACCCUGGAGAUGGGAGGGAAGAUAACUAUUGAGUGUGAGAAAACCCAUUACAAGGCAGAGCUCGAGUUCAAGCUAAAGCCUUUUCUGGGAGGCAGCGAUACUGUGAACCAGAUCACAGGAAAGAUAAUGCUGGGAGAAGAGGUACAGGCCACACUCGAGGGACACUGGGACCGGGAUGUGUGUAUCCAUGAGAAAAAAACUGGGUUCUCUGUUAUGUUUUGGAGUGUCACCAAUGAGAUUCGGAAACAACGUUUAAUACGUCAUGUUGUAUGGUUGGAGGAGCAGGACAACUUUGAGUCUGAAAGGCUGUGGCAGCAAGUGACCAGAGCAAUAAAGAACCGUGAUCAGGAACAGGCGACACUGGAGAAAUUUAUUCUGGAGGAAGCACAGCGCAAGGCUGCCAAAGAACGUAAUGAGAAACAUGAGGACUGGGUGGCAAGACUAUUCCAGCAGGAUGUGGUGACAAAGAAUUGGCAGUACAAAUUCGCAGAUACCAGUCCCUGGGAUUCAACAAAUGACAUCAUCCAAUUUGAGAAGGACGGAAUCAUUCAGACAAAUGUCCAACACAAGUUUCCAACAACAAAGCCAAUGGAUAUCGUCAGCAACAGCAAUCAAAUAAGACAGCAGGUCUCAGUUCAGGGAUGUAUUGGAUGCAAAACCAGUGAUCACCCGGCACCAAAUAGAUCACAGAACACAGAGAGCAGUUGUUCGACACCAGAACCAGUGCAAGACGACUCAUCCGAUGAGGGGUUGCUGUGUCCUAGGUGCAAAAAGGGAACAAAUGAGCUAACAGAUAUUCACACGGCCAUCCAAUCCAUACAGAGGACGCAGCAGGAAAUUCACAGGAACCUCGCUGUGCUGAAGCAGCAAGCCUGUCACAAACAGCACAUAUCACGGACCAGGCUCCUGAACCCCCACUACUGGCUGGUCAUCUGUGUACUCCUAUUAUUCCAACUAAUUAUCAAUUAUUUUUAUGACUGAGCAGAUGGCUCCCUCAGCAACCACUUUGAAAAGUGUUGAAGACUGUUAACAGGAUCCUACUGGGAAUGACUACAGAAUUUCCUGGCAUAAAAUGAGUUACCAAGUCAACCAUUCAACAAACAUCUGGGGAGAGAGAUCCUUGGGGAAAAAUUGUGAACAUUGUAACUUUUUGUUCUAUUUUCUUCUGGGUGUGAGCAUACCUGUGGUCAUUAUUCCUACACACCCCGCCUCCAAGGAAAACCCAUCCUAACCUAGGCCUUAAUGCUGAAGCCAAAUAUGACUUUUCAAAUGUGCAAUUUUUUUCUUCCUCCUUUCUUCUGGUCUUUCUAAUCCAACAGCAGUUUAGGAACCUUCCUUCCAACAGUAUUUAAAAACUGACUAGAUGGUAAUAUUUGUGGUGUUCAAUUUGUAUACUGUUCUGAAUAUGAAUUUAGACACCCGUCCGUGAAAGUGACAGACUUCCUUAAUCUGCUGUACCCCUAUAGCAUAUACACAAAACAGCAAUGUAGAAGAUCUUUUGCACACGCUUGUGAAUCGUGCUCUAACCUAGCACUAAGUAAGAAGUUCUCAAGCAGAAAGGCUGCAGAGGAUUAUUAAAAUUUCAAAAGGAAAUGCCUCUAGGAUGGCAAGAACCUAUAGGCACUAGCUGCUACUUUCCUCCUUGCAGGCUCAAUAAAAUUUCACAUCUGUGUAACAUUCUAUGAAUGAAAUGCACAUUACUGUAAACAAGUGCAGAUGAAUAAAAAAACAUUUUUUAAA